AUAUGUUAUCAUCGCCUAUCUUAAACUUCAUCUUCCUCUUCAUCUCCCUGCAUUUCCUUGCGUGUGUAUGUGUGUAUACGCUCUCGAUUACGCACAUACAUACGUACACGGAUACCAAUAUCUACCGAGUAUUAUUGUUCUUCUUCCUCCUUCGUACUUCGCAAUUUGCUGAAUCCCUAGCUGUUCUCUGAUCCAAUCAUGGCCUCUCUAGUCAACAACGCUCACGGUGGCCUCAACGGUGCCAUCGGAAACGCUGAAAAGCUCAUUAUCGAUACCGAUCCCGGAAUCGAUGAUAGCAUGGCCAUUUUGAUGGCUUUUCAAUGUCCAGAGGUGGAGAUUCUGGGUUUGACAUCCAUCUUCGGUAAUGCAACUACUGAAAUUGCCACACGCAAUGCUUUGCUCUUGUGUGAGAUCGCUGGCCGUGAAAAUGUUCCAGUUGCAGAGGGCAGCUCUGAGCCAUUGAAGGGUGGAACGCCUCGUGUUGCUGAUUUUGUUCACGGUGAAGAUGGACUGGGGAACACAUUUCUGCCCCCACCUAAUGCUAAGAAAAUUGAGAAGAGUGCUAGUGAGUUUUUGGUUGAGAAGGUCUCAGAAUAUCCUGGUGAAGUAACUGUGCUAGCACUUGGACCACUAACGAAUUUGGCUUUGGCAAUCAAAAGAGAUUCUUCAUUUGCAAGCAAAGUGAAGAGAAUAGUUAUACUUGGUGGGUCAUUCUUUGCCUUGGGGAAUGUGAAUCCUGCUGCAGAAGCAAAUAUCCAUGGAGACCCAGAAGCAGCAGAUACCGUGUUUACCUCGGGGGCAAAUAUUGUUGUUGUUGGAAUAAACAUUACAACCCAAGUUAAAUUCACAGAUGCUGAUCUCCUUGAACUGAAGGAAUCUAAAGGAAAGUAUGCUCCUCUCUUAAGUGACAUGUGCAAAUUCUAUAGGGACUGGCAUGUAAAAUCUGACGGUGUCUAUGGAGUUUUCCUCCACGAUCCUGUCAGUUUUGUGGCAGUUGUACGUCCAGAUCUUUUCACAUACAAGAAGGGGGUAGUGAGGGUAGAGACACAAGGCAUCAGUGUUGGGCAUACACUUAUGGACCAAGGAUUGAAAAAAUGGAAUACGAGCAACCCAUGGACGGGUUAUUCUCCUGUUUCAGUUGCUUGGACUGUGGAUGUUGACGGAGUUCUUGAUUAUGUCAGGGAGCUGUUGAUGAAACCCUGAUUUGUAGGCAUUUGUACUAUCCUUCCAACAGAUGUCAAAGCUUUGGAAAGUGAUACAACAGGAUAGCUUCUUAAUUGCAAAAUUAUGUAUAAGGUCAUUUCCUUUAGUGCUGUCAAUGUCAACAAGAACUGUGGGUAUCAAGGGUUCGGAAUGUUUGCCAUUCCCACCUUCAACCCGAUCUUACCCCGUUUAAUAUCAAAGAGCUCAUAAUGUACCAAUGCAAUUCUCUUUUCAUGAAAUGACUUGUGUUUGGAUUUCGGUACUCUUCUUUUAAAAGAAAGCAGUCAUUCUUUUA